AUGGGGGAUCAUUGCAAACAUAUCGAACAAGUCUUCCAAAAUGAAAAAUCGAAGGAUGGGGUCCUGAAAUCCUGCAAUGCAGCCAGAUUCAUCCUGAGACACACGCCCAUCAAGGAGAAAUUAUUGCAUACCAUGAAGUGUUCUCAAUGUCAGGAAAUCAAUGCCGGUUCCACUUUUAUGUGCCUACAAUGUGACUUUGUCGGUUGUUGGAAUGGGUCCCAUUUUAUAACUCACAUGAAACGAUUCGGCCAUGUCUUCGGUAUUAAUUCAUCCAAUGGACUUUUAUUUUGUUUCAAGUGUAUGGACUAUAUCGGUCAUUUGGAAACCAUAAAUUACUCCAUGUUGAACAAAUAUUGGGAUGACAUUUCCACGAAGACAACGAUACCGUCUCAGGAACGAAGAGAUGGACUUUUUGGGUUGGUCAACAUGGGGUCUACAUGCUUUAUGAGUAGUAUAUUGCAAGCUUUGAUACAUAAUCCAUACAUUGUCAAUUAUUCCAUGAGUCAAACUCAUUUUGUGAAUUGUUCCAUUAAAAAUUCAUCCUUGUGUAUGUCAUGUGCCCUAGACGCCAUGAUUAUAGAAUUUUAUGGUCAAAGCAAAUUGCAACCUAUAUCCUCCUCAUCAUCAUCAUCCUCAUCCUCGUCGUCAUCAUCACCAUCUGCAUUUAUUUCUUUGUUGACCUGUUCAUUGAAGAUCAAUGAGAAUUUUGCAGGUUAUUCACAACAAGACGCUCAUGAAUUCCUACAAUAUUUUUUAAAUCAAUUGCAUCAAGACUACAAGAGAGAUUCUUCUCAUAAUGAACAAGAGAAUAAUUGUCCCUGUGUAGCACAUUCAAUCUUCCAAGGAGAAUUGAAGAGUUCCAUUGUUUGUCCUGAAUGUCAAAAUGAUUCCAAGACCAUAAUUGAUCCCUUCAUGGAUUUAUCAUUAGAUAUUAAAGACAAGACAGAUUUGUAUCAAUGUUUGGAUAGUUUCCAUAAGAAGGAGAAGCUUCAUGAUUUCAACUACCAUUGUUCUCGAUGUAAUACUUCCUUGGAUCCGAUAAAGCAAUUUACCAUUAAUAAAUUACCACCAAUGCUUGUGUUACAACUGAAAAGAUUUGAACAUUUCGUUAAUGGAACCAAUGUCAAAUUAAAUGAAUUUGUUCAAUACCCAUUGUAUUUAAAUAUGCGAGACUAUUGUGAUAGGAAUACAAACCAGGAAACUCCCGAUAUUAUUUACGAAUUAACCGGUAUAUUAUCUCAUAUUGGGUCCAUUAAUGAAGGUCAUUAUGUGGUAGUGUUAAAGAUAAAUGAUGGAAGGUGGUUUAAAUUUAAUGAUUCCAUGAUCUCUGUCAUCAAAGAAGACGAGGCACUAAAACAACAAGCAUACUUAUUAUUCUACACAGUUCGUCAAAUUAAUUAA